AUGACCACGUACGGCAAGACAGGGCUCUGGAAGGCGGUGCAGAGCUUCUUACCUGAGCGUCUUCACUUCACACGGGAACAUCAUCCAGAAGAGGACUUCUGGGAGAACCGAGGCCAUCUUAUCCAUCUCGACCGCUGGCCGAAUCCGAAGUCAAAAAUCCGACUGAUUCUCUUGCACGGCGUGGGGACCAAUGGCCGGCAGAUGUCCAUGAUACUGGGGAGGCCUUUGCACGAGGCGGGGUUUGAACUCGUCGCCAUCGACAUGCCUGGGUAUGGACGGACUAAGGUCAAUCCGUCCUCGGUCCAUACAUAUGGCGACUGGGUCAAUAUUGGCAAUGAUUUUGUGAACCACGAACUCCAAAGAGACGCGCGACCGAUUGCGCUGUAUGGACUGAGCGCUGGAGGGAUGGAAGCUUACCAUGUGGCUGCGCUCAACAAGAAGGUCAAGGGCGUCAUCGGCAUGACGUUCAUCGAGAUGCGCAAUUGGCAGGUCCGCGACCAAGUGUCCAGGAACGUCUUCAUGAGCCGCGUCGGUAUCCCGAUGGCUCAGAUACAGGGCAGUAUUCCUCUGCUCCGGAGCCUGGCGAUGCCAAUGUGGCUGGCAAGCAAGAUGGACACUCUGUGUAAUGACCCCGACGCGCUCAAGAUCAUGAUGUUGGACUCCUCGUCUGCCAAUCGCUGGAAUACCAUGAGGUUCUUGGCGACCCAUGGGUCGUACAAGCCUGCGCUAGAUCCCGAAGAGUUCGACGUCUGUCCCAUUCUGCUCACCCAGCCGGCAGAGGAUCUGUGGACGCCAAGGUGGAUCAGUGAAGUAUUUCUGUCGAAGAUCAAGAAGGUGAAGGUCAAGAUUGUUGAACUUGAGAAGGCUGGGCAUUACCCCUUGGAGGAUCCCGGGCUGCAGCAAAUGGCGGAUGCCAUUAUCAAAUUCCUGCACGACUUGGAGCCAUGA